AUGCCCUGUUGAUUGGUCCUAAGCCCGUUUUGACGUAUAUAGGUUACGUUUACAAUUGUCAAAUAUGUUAAAGCAAAAACUGUGGAAAACGUGCACCUGAGAGACAAAUAGCCCGUCAAAAACCCAUUAUGCUAUGAUAUGGUGCUAUCUAUAACCCUACAUGAAAUGCUAAGAUAAUGAUAAGUGAUAAUAAUGCAAAUGCCGAUGCAACUUCCAGCAGUAGCAGUGACAGCAGCGAAGAAUCUGACCAAGAAGUUAUCGAUCAGAUAGACGAGCAAUCUCCCACGAUCAGUGCUAGAAUGUUAAAUGUGUGUAAGGAAUUUGCUGUGUUUGCAUUGGUGGUCGUCACCUACGCAGCGUUAACCAAUGAUCCUCCAAAGAUUACCAAAAGCCCUGCAGCCUAUCCAUUUUUUCCAAAGAACAGCACCGUCAAAGAUUGGUAUAAAGGGCAAAUUAGCAAAGGGAUAGAGUUGGCAAGGUCUGCAGAUGUGACGAUAAUGAUGUUUUACGCUCCUUGGAGCGCUGAAAGUCAAAGCGCUCGGGAGGAGUUUGAAAAAGCAGCUGUUUUUAUGCAGAAGUAUGUGACUUUUGCUGCAGUUAACUGUUGGCAGCCCAACAGUGAAUGCAAACAGCAGUAUAAUAAGGUUUACAAAUGGCCAGUCCUUGUGGCAUACCCAUCUCAUGGUAGAGGUAUACCAUAUACAGGACCCUUGGAGUCCAUGCACAUCAUAAAAUUUCUACAGGGUGUAUGCAAUCCUAUAGAAAGACAAUUGGAGGAUCCCAUUACGGAUUAUCAUGAUGUUUAUAUAACUGCCAAAUUAAACGCCUUGCCAGGCAGUCCGGAUUUUGCGAGUUAUUAUUUAGCAGCGUUGAGAUUUUUGGAAAAAGAUCCUUUAAAAACCGUUAAAUUUUACAUUUUACCUGUAAAAAGUGAUGAACCUGAAUUGCAGCUACAUUUAUGGAAUAUUACGUUGAAUUAUCCAAAUAGCUCUCAAUGGACAUCAGAUGAUAUUUUACAUUGGAUUAUUGUGAAUAUUGAUCAUGUUUCUCAAUGGGUUUCACCCAGUGGUAGUAAAAGUACAUUGCUGUCAAAUAUUUUACCAAAAAAUCCUACUUUAAUUCUAUUUACGCCAAGAAAUCCACUACAUUUCAGCAAUGAUUAUUAUGACAUGAUGCAAUUGAUUAGUAGGGAAUACAACGAUUGUGGCGACAUCUACAUGCACUUAGACUUGUUCCAAAUUAGAACUCAAAGACUGAUAAAUAGUAUACAGUACAAAAAACUACAAAACAUAUGCCAAGGUGUUAAAGACCCAUUUGACAGUUCAACUUUUAAUUUGGCCCCGGAAUCUUUCAGCAACGUAACAUGCGAAAAAAACAAGGGUAUAUGCGACAAAACUUUUUUCACCAGCAAAAAUAGUCUGGAAAAGUUCAGGGAGCAUUCCCAGUACUGCCAAAACGUCGACGAGAACUGCUUUAAGUUGAAGUAUUUGAGAAGCAAGUACAAAUAUGACACUUCAAUGUACACAGGGGAGAACGAUCAUAGAUCGGCGGAAAACCUCCAAACAAUACACAAAAACGAAGUAUGUCGGAACUUUCUGCACUCGGAAAACUUCCGGCCACACUCUUUCGAAGAAAACGUAAACAUGGCAAACGCGCAAGACGCCAGCGGUCUAGCUUGUAAAGUCAACAGGAGUCUUCACUUUAUCCUCAUCGAUAGUCUCGUUUACUAUCAUUUCGCUGAAAGAUUGGGCGUCGAUUUGAACGAGUUUGUCGACAAGACGGCCGCCGUCAUCGUCAACGACAAGAUGGAGAGUCAUUAUGUUAUGCGCGACACUGUCACGACGGAAAGUUUAAGAAAUUUCAUCGUAAAUUUCACGAAAAACUACCUGACGAGGUCGCAACGUUCCAUAUCGGGUGUAGAUUCGAAAAAUACUCACAAGUUCGAAAACAAUUUAAAAUCUUGCGAUUCCAAGCAAAAUAAAAAUGUUUGCGUUAGAGAAUUGACGUCCGAGACGUUUUUACCGACAAUAUUAGCCAAAAAUAAGGCAAUUUUAGUUUAUUACUAUACAAGGCAAUGCGCAUUUUGCAGCGGCAUAUCGCACGCAUUUUUGACAGCUGCGAGAAAAUUAUCGCUGGUUGAUAAUUUGAUGUUCAGUAGAAUUGAUGGUGAUACGAAUGUGUUGCCUUGGCAAUACACAAUGGAGAGUUUUCCUACCAUAAUUUACUUCCCUGCCACUAAGAAAUCUGAGAGCAGAGUUUUUCCGAGAAAUUUACCCAUUACUGUACCAAAUUUGAUAGGGUUCAUUUUGACAAAUUUGGACCCAACCAUGAAAUUAAAUGCCUUGUGGUCUAUUUGUAACCAUUUACAGUUUUCAGAUGAGAAUUUGGACUGCAUAUCUACCUUAAGAAUAGAGACUCUAUCGCAAACGGAGAAUACUUUAAAAAUGUGGAGGAGAGCCAAUACAAGAAAAAAGCAAAUUCUGCUUCACAAACUGAAAAAUUUAAAACACUUGCACUUAUUACUGGCGCAUAAAUCCACGAAUUUUAGCUACGUCAACUCGUUUUUCAACAAAAUCCACACUUGUCCAGACUAUCACUUCAAUAAGAAAAUUAAGUUAAAAGAUGAACUAUAAUUUACGAGAUUAUUGCAAUACUCAAAUAUUCUCAGUACUUAAAUGAUAAGUGCCCUUAUAUUAACAUUCCAAAAUUUUGGAAUCAUGAUUUCCUCUUUAUUUUUUUUACUUACCUGUGAUAUAUAAAUAUGUACCAUAUAACUUUGUAUAUAUUUAUUUAUAGAUAUGUAUAGGUGUUGAUGUAAAAUACAUUAAUAAAU